AUGUUUGUUGGUGCGUCGGUGGUGUGCAUGGCGUCCAAUAGCUUUGUCUCGGAUGACGGGUCGCCGUCAAGUGUCGGCUCUGUUUCGACCAGCGGGCUUCCCCAUGACACAUUCGUCGGCGGCGACGGAACCGCUGAUUUCCUCGACAUCACCGCUACGGGAACCUACUUGCUGGUGAACCUGCACGUGCAGCACGACGCGGGGCCCGUUGGCAUUGCGACUAACCACGGCCGUAGCUUCUCGAUCGACCUGGUGCAGGCAAGCGGCGACUCGACAGACUUCGCAGGCGGCGCGUACCGCAAGCAUCGGGCCAGCGGUCAGGCCCUUGUCACCCUCGAUGGCCGAGACUUCUACCUCGGGCCCCACGGCACCCGCACGAGCCGCGUCGAGUAUGACCGCCUCAUCGCCGAAUGGCUCGCCAGUGGGCGGCGGCUGCCGGUCGAGGAUGGGGGGCUCCCGACGUUGGCCGAGGUGAUGGUCGCGUACUACCGCCACGCCCGCACGUACUAUUGUAAGGACGGCGUCCCGAGCAGCGAGCUGGCGGCAAUCAAGUGUGCGCUGCGGUUCGUCGACGACCUCUACCGUGAGCAGCCGGCGGACGAAUUCGGCCCGCUGGCGCUCAAGGCUGUGCGGGGGAGAAUGGUCGAAUCUGGUCAGGCACGGUCAACCGUCAAUCAAAACGUCGGUCGGGUGGUGCGGAUGUUCGUCUGGGCGGCCAGCGAACAGCUAAUUCCUGCGGAGGUCGCCAACGCACUCAAGUCCGUUCCCGGCCUGCGCCGGGGGCGGACCGAGGCCCGCGAGCCCGAACCGGUGCAGCCGGUGGACGACGCGGUGAUCGAGCAAACGCUACCUCACCUGCCGGCGAUUGUCGCCGAUAUGGUGCGGCUUCAGCGGCUCACCGGGAUGCGUCCGGGCGAGGUUUGCUCAAUCCGUCCCGCGGACAUCGACCGCACCCAAGAUGUCUGGAUCUACCGACCCGCCAGUCACAAGACCGAGCAUCGGGGGCGGGAUCGCUGCGUCUACAUUGACGCGCGCGGCCAGGAAGUGCUGCGGCCGUACCUGCUACGGACCGAUGACGCCUACUGCUUCUCGCCAUCUGAGAGUGAGAAGAGGCGGCGCGAUGAGCAACACGCCGGCCGCAGCACGCCUCUAAGCUGCGGCAACCGUCCUGGCGCAAGCAGGCGGCGCUCCCCGGCUAGAGAGGCGGGUGAUCGCUACACGACCAGCAGCUACGCACGUGCGGUCCGCCGGGCCUGUGAAAAGGCGUUUCCGACGGUUAGUGUGCAUUGUCCUGGCGGCGAGAAGGCGCCCCAACGCUGGUCUCCGAAUCAGGUUCGCCACACGGCUGCAACGGAGAUUCGCCGAGAGUUUGGCCUGGAAGCGGCCCAGGUGUCGCUUGGUCACGCCGCCGCGGACGUCACCCAGGUCUACGCCGAGCGUGACGCCAGUAAAGCGAUCGAAGUAGCCCGACGAAUUGGGUAG